AUGGAUUUUCGAAAGCCCUUUAAAUCUCAUAGCUCGUACAAACAAGUUAUAAGCACCGGAGAUAAAACCGAGAAGAAGAAGAAGAAGAAUGAACUCCCGAUUCUUGACGAUGAGGAUCACAUUAACCACAUUGCCAAAAUCCAGAGCUCUGGGUCUAGCUUCGACGGCAAGAAUGCAGCCAUGGAACGAGAUUCCAGCUACAACUUCUGGCAAGACAUUGGAACCGAUGAUCAAGCACGAAGCCAGAAGAGCGGGAGUUUCGAUUUCCCACAGUUUCGUGAGGAGGUCACACUUGAUGUGGAUGAAGAAACAGAGGAAAUCAGCAACAAUAACACACCCGCCUCGGGGCUAGACGCUUCGAAAGAUACGAGAGUCUCUUUCAAGAUCAACAGUUCUUCAGGUACCAACAACAACUUGUCCGGUUCGGUCCGUUCUUGUACGUCCUCGACUUCUUUUUCUUCCGCGACUAUGCGGAUGAAUUCAGACCAGCAAGAUCAGGAAGAAGAGGUAGUUAUAAGAUGCUCAUCGCUGAGGAAAACAGAGCUAGUCUCAAGGGCGAAAGCAAGAUCGAGGCUGAUUGAUCCGCCUCAAGAAGAGGAACAACAGUAUUCAAGUUGGAUGGGGACAUCAGAUCAGUUAAGAUCCGGUUUACUUGUGAGACAAUCAAGUAUCGAGGAAGAGGACGAUUCAUUGGCUGAGGAAGAUGUUCCAGAGGAAUAUAGAAGGUCUAAAAUGGAUGCUAUUACGCUGCUUCAAUGGCUAAGCUUGAUCUCAGUCGUAGUUGCAUUAGGGUUGACUUUAGGGCUUAAAUCAUGGAGACAUACGAAACUUUGGAAGCUUCACUUGUGGAAAUGGGAAGUUGUCUUUCUUGUUCUUAUCUGCGGGAGGCUGGUUUCGGGAAUGGGAAUCCAAAUCAUUGUCUUCUUCAUCGAAAGAAACUUCCUUCUGAGAAAGCGUGUUCUUUACUUCGUGUAUGGCGUGAAGACGGCUGUUCAGAACUGUCUCUGGCUAGGGCUGGUUCUUCUCGCGUGGCGUUUCUUGUUCGACAAGAAACUAGAAAGGGAAUCACAGAGCAGUGUUUUGGUAUUAGUGACCAAGAUCUUAACGUGUUUCUUGUUGAGCACCAUCUUGUGGUUGAUCAAGACACUGGUGGUUAAAGUUCUAGCUUCUUCGUUCCACGUUAGUACCUACUUUGAUCGGAUUCAAGAAGCUUUGUUUCAUCAUUACUUGAUCGAGAAGUUAUCUGGACCUCCGAUGCUUGAGCUAAGCAGGAUCGAAGAAGAGGAAGAGCGAGCGCAAGAAGAGAUAUUCAAGAUGCAGAAAGCAGGAGCCGAUUUAUCUCUCGACAUAUGUUCUGCCGCGUUUCAGCCAGAGAAAAGCGGGAGCGUGAUGACCGGCGUGAAGCUCUCUCCGAUCAUCCCAAAGACUGGAACUGAUAAUGGAAUCACAAUGGAUGAUUUGCACAGGAUGAAUUAGAAGAAUGUUUCAGCUUGGAACAUGAAGAGGCUAAUAAAGAUUGUUAGAAAUGUUUCUUUGACUACGUUAGAUGAGCAAGCGCUUCAAAAUACAUCUGAAGAUGAAUCCACCCGACAGAUACGGAGUGAAAAGGAAGCUAAAGCAGCUGCAAGGAAGAUUUUUAAGAAUGUGGCUCAACGUGGAACAAAGCACAUUUACCUGGAGGAUUUGAUGAGAUUUUUGCGAGCAGACGAAGCGAUCAAGACAAUGAGCCUCUUUGAAGGUGCAUUAGUGACAAAAAAGAUCACCAAAUCAGCCUUAAAGAAUUGGCUGAGAGCGAAGAGCUCUUGCGCUAACACUCAACGACACCAAAACUGCAGUGAACAAACUCCAUCAUAUGAUUAG